AUGGGCUCCUGGCGGAGGAAGCGACCCCUUCUCCAGCCGCCCCGCGCCUCUGCGCCUGCAGACCGGGUGGUGCUUUGGCGCUGCAACUGCUGCUCACCAAGCUGGGACGUUUACCGUUUAAAACCUGACAAAUGCAGGCGCCGAGCUUGGGCUGCGAGUGGGCUUCUGGAAGGCUUCGUGGACUUUUCUACGGAGCAAGGGUCCUCGGGUGCGGGCCAGCCGGGCCCCGCCCGCCGGGGCGAGCAGCAGCUCCGGGCUCUGCGCCAAGACCUGCCCGUCACCAAGCGCUGCGCGGGGACGCGGCCGGGACCCGCCACCCGGGACCCCCGGGCCCGGGACCCCUCCACCCCGGGACCCCUCACCCCGGGACCCCCACCUCGAGACCCCUCACCCCGGGACCCCUCCAUCCCGGGACCCCCCCCCACCCGGGGAUCCCUCACCCCGGGACCCUCACCCCGGGACCCUCACCCCGGGACCCUCACCCCGGGACCCCUCACCCCCCUCACCCCGGGACCCUCACCCCGGGACCCUCACCCCGGGACCCUCACCCUGGGACCCUCACCCCCUCACCCCGGGACCCUCACCCCGGGACCCUCACCCCCUCACCCCGGGACCCCUCACCCCGGGACCCCUCACCCCCUCUCCUCAGGACCUCUCCACCCCGGGACCCCUCACCCCCUCACCUCGGGACCCCUCACCCCGGGACCCCCUCACCCCCUCACCCCGGGACCCCUCACUCCGGGACCCCUCACCCCGGGACCCCUCACUCCGGGACCCCUCACCCCGGGACCCCUCACCCUGGGACCCCUCACCCCCUCUCCUCAGGACCUCUCCACCCCGGGACCCCUCACCCCGGGACCCCAACACCCCGGGACCCCUCACCCCGGGACCCCUCACUCCGGGACCCCUCACUCCGGGACCCCUCACCCCGGAACCCCUUACCCUGGGACCCCUCACCCCCUCUCCUCAGGACCUCUCCACCCCGGGACCCCUCACCCCGGGACCCCAACACCCCGGGACCCCUCACCCCGGGACCCCUCACUCCGGGACCCCUCACCCCCUCUCCCCGGGACCCCUCACCCCCCCUCUCCCCGGGACCCCUCCACCCGGGACCCCUCACCCCCUCACCCCGGGACCCCUCACCUCCUCUCCCCGGGACCCCUCACUCUGGGACCCCUCACCCCCCUCACCCCCGGGACCCCUCACCCCCCCCACCCCGGGACCCCUCACCCCGGGACCCCUCAUCCCAGGACCUCUCCACCCCGGGACCCCUCACCCCGGGAACCCUCACCCCUCACCCCGGGACCCCCUCCACCCCGGGACCCCUCACCCCGGGACCCCUCACUCCGGGACCGCUCACCCCGGGACCCCCCACCCCGGGACCGCUUACCCCGGGACCCGCCCCGGCCCCGCGGUGGCUCCGCUCUCCCGAGCCACCGCCCCACUCGGGUUCACUUCCCGCCGUGGCCCGAGCCUCCCCCGGAGCCGGUCGGCCGCUUCUGGAGCCGGUGUCCGGGGCGGGGCGACCGGGUCUGGAAGAGCCGAGCCGCUCCUCCUCCUGCGGGCAACCGCGCUCGGCUGCACCUGGGCCAGGACCGGUCCCCCCGCGCCUCGCUCCAACCCCCCGGCCUCCCGGACCGGCGCGCACUGACCUGCGGGGCAUGGGCGCGGGGAUGCCGACCCUGCACGCGAGACAUGCCUGCCAGGAUGCGGAGCGGGCGGAAAUCCAGGCCCUGCCCGCGUGCCACACCCUGCGCCUCCAAGCCUCACAAGCACAGCGGCCACCGAGAGGGGCUUGGCGGGAAAUCCCGGCCCAGCCCCCCACACCCUGCGCCUCCAAGCCUCACAAGCACCACCACCUUGGCGGGAAAUCCCGGCCCCGCCCCGCAGCCCACCCUGCUGGCCCCGCCCAUGGGCGCUCGCUUUAGCCCCUCCUCCUCCCCCUCUGCCACUCCUCCUCUGAGGUUGGCCGCGGACCCGCGGCUGCCGGCUCCCAUGACCACCACCAGCACAUCCUGCAGCGCUGGCCCGCCACCAUUGGUCGGCUGCCUGCUGCUGGGUCGCCUCUCGGCGCAGGGUGGGCGGGGCCUCUGCGGGGACCAGGGCGGGGCCUGUGGGGAGUGGGGCGGAGCCAGCUGCCCUUUGCAGGAGCAGGGCGGGGCCUGUGGGGCUCUGCCAGGCUAG